AUGGACCCAGAUGACUACGUCAACAUCACGUACUCCCUCGGCUUUGCCAUUGAAGUCCAGUCGACUGAUUUCUACUUGACGCCCAAAAAUCUUGCUGUUCAUGAUCACCUGGCCGAUUUCAUAGGAACCAGUGAAUUCACGCUGGAAGGGACGUUUAACGGGAUGGACAUUACGAAGAUUGUCUUCUCAGACGGCAUCCAGCAAGCGACACUUCUUGUCCGCAACAGCACCGAUGAAGAACCCCCGGUCUUACCACGGGCGGUAAUGACAGAACCACCCAUUCUUGAGGUAACAGACUACAAAAUUGCUGGACCCACAUCAAUCUCCCUGCCAUUCAUUACCAAGAAUCCAACUGCAACAGCUUUCGAGUCGGGCAAAACAGUAGCCAAUGUAUUUGGGCUGCCGACCUACGACGACUGCAAAUUCAACUAUGUCUGUGUUACGAAAACGGGCGGUACGUCUUAA